AUGGCCUCCCUCCCCAAGAGCUCCAUGAUCUUCCUGGCGGUUCUCGCCGUGAUACUCCCCGCGCGGGCGCAGCUCGACCCCAACUACUACGAUUACAUCUGCCCACAAGCGUUGCCCACCAUCAGGAGGAUCGUCGAGCAGAGCGUCGCUAACGAGCCCCGACUCGGCGCGUCGUUGCUGCGUCUCCACUUCCACGACUGCUUCGUCAACGUGAGUUUCUCUCGUUCAGCCUUUCUGGGUAGAUUCUCCCACUUGUAAGCACGCCGUUAACGAUGGAACCCUGACAUGUUUUAAUUCACCCGCAGGGCUGUGACGGAUCCAUUCUGUUGGACGACACCUCCAACCUCGUCGGAGAGAAGACGGCGCCUCCGAACAGGAGUCUUCGGGGCUUCGAGGUGGUCGAUCGCAUCAAGGAAGCUGUUGACUCCGCCUGCAAAGACUACGUGGUGUCUUGCGCUGAUAUCUUGGCGGUCGCCGCCCGCGACUCCGUUGUGGCCGUGAGUCUCUCAUGCACCUCCAUCUCCAUACCCAUACCUGGACGGACGUCCUUCAGUUCCUGUUCUAACUUCUGCUAUUAACCUGCAGUUGGGUGGAAGGUCGUACGAGGUGCUGUUGGGAAGAAGGGACUCGAGAACGGCUAGCUUAAACGACGUGAGGAACAGCUUGCCCCCGCCGUCCUCCAACAGAGCCGAUCUCGAGGAAAAAUUCCGAGCUCAGGGGUUGUCGACCAAGGACCUGGUUGUGCUUUCCGGGGCGCACACCAUCGGACAAGCAGCGUGCCGCAGCUUCAGGGACAGGAUCUACAACGAUUCCGACAUAGACGCGGGAUUCGCCAGCUCACUCCGCGAACGGUGCCCCUCCUCCGGGAACGACGACAACCUCGCGCCGCUGGACCCCACCGCCAAUCGUUUCGACGUGGCCUACUACAGUGAGCUGUCGCACAGGAAGGGCCUCCUCCACUCCGACCAGCAGCUCUUCCAGGGAGACGACAGCGAGAGUGAUAACCUCGUGAAGCACUACAGCACGAACCUCGGCAGCUUCUGGGACGACUUCGGGGUUUCCAUGAUAAGAAUGGGGAACAUUCGUCCCCGCACAGGCGAUUCGGGGGAGAUCCGCCGCAGAUGCGGGGCUGUCAACUGA